AUGUCAUCAUCAUCAGAGUUCUCCAGCGUUCAUCUAGAACACGCGGUUCCCAACGUCGCCGGCGACUUCGACAUCGCCUGCUCCCCCGGCACUGAUAUCUGGGAUAAGGCCCCUGCCACCCACCAGUUCAACGCUCCCAUCAUCUACCGGACCACAACGAAGGAUGCCUUCAUCUCCGCCACAGUGGCGGUCUCCGCGGAUUGGAAGGACAGGUACGACCAGGGCGGCCUCUGUUUCGUCAUCAGGGCCGCGGACCGGACUCGCUGGAUCAAAAUUGGCAUCGAACUGGACUUCGGCGUGCCCAACGCCGGCGUCGUCGUGAAGGACAAUUUUGCGGACUGGAGCCUGCGGCCGCUGCCGUACGGGUCCACAAACAGCAUCGCCGUCCAGGCAAGGAUCCAAGAGGACGGCGAUCUCUGGGUGUAUGCCUUGGGCCCGAACGAUGAGCGCAUCGCCAUGCGUCAGAUUACCUGGUGGGAUGCUCUUCCCGGAAACACGGAGAUUUGGGUUGGGCCGUACGCUGCCAAACCCGCCUACGAAGGCGGAAAGGAACCUCUCAAGGUCCACUUCAACCGUCUGUCCGUCGACACUCGGUCAGAUGUCGCGCAGUAA